AUGCGUUGGCGGAACGCGUUUCCGCCGCUCAUCGCGUUCGCCCUCCUCGUGUGUUUGGCGUGCGGCGACGUCGUCGAGCCGCGCUGGUCGUGCUAUCAUCAUCAGUUGGCCGGCGGCAUCGUCGACGCGUCGGCGGUGUUGCCCGUCGGAGCGAACGCGAACGCGAUCGCGUCGAACGUGCAUUGUCGCGUCGACGAUGACGGCACGGUGAUCACCGAAAUCCAUUCGGCGCUCGAAAAUGGCGCCUAUCAAGUGAUGUCGAAAAAAUCGGUCAAUUUUCAAAUCGUCGAUCUCUACCAUCUUCGCGAUAUUGUGCGACGAUCGCAUUGCUCGCAGAAGGUCGAGGUCACGUGGAAGAAUCGUCCCGAGUUGGGCAAAGGCGCGAUCACGCUGGUCUCGCUGCUCAAUGAGUCGCAACGCGUCGAGUAUCAAGAGUUUGAGGAUCGCCGCAAUUUUGUGCUCGUCGAAUUGGCGGCCGGCGUACGCCAUCUCAUACCCGACGACGACGACUACGACGGCAAUCCAACGGUGACGGCGUCGAUGAUCACGUGCAAACAUUUGCCGUCGCCGCAAUGCCGAGUUCGUGGGCGCGUCGACGUCGAGUUGGAGGCGAACCUCGAGUGGAGCUACACGUUCGCGUUUCGAACCGACACCACCAAUCAGACGCUCGUCACACUUCGAAGCGGCGAGAUCGCAACGACGGUGAGAUUGGAGAAUGAUUACUUCAUACGCGCCGACAACGCUCCACCAAUUCCGAUCGGGCAUUUAUCGAACGCUCAAUGGCAUACGGUCGUCGUGAAGCACUCGGAGCCGGAUCGCCAUCUGAUUAAAAUCGACAAUUCGGAGGCGUUCGAACUUCCGCGCACAAUACCCGACGAUGAUAGUAGUGUGACGUUGACGAUCGGCGUCAGCGGCGAGAUUCAGCUGAUCGAUCCGAGCGAUGCCGACGAUGAUUGUCUGGUGACCUUCGGACAGAAUCGGCGGAAGCUUCAAGAGACCGUCUCGACUCAUCCAUUGUGCUCGGGAUGCGGUUGCUCGAUGCUCACCGAGCAGUUCGACGGAUUGAGCCGAUGCGCGACCAACGACGACGGCGCCUACUCGUUUCGUCGCGACGUCGAUCGCCUCGCGUUUCUCUAUUCCGACAACGCGUUCGACGUCGACACGAACGGCGCCGUCAUUCCGGCGCUCUCGGCGACGUUCAAAUCCGACUCGGACGCCGGUCUCGUCUUUUUCGGCUUCUGGGAGAACGCGGCGGCGAAAGGACGCCUUCAGGUGUUCUAUCAAUCCGACACGCUCAACGCGGUCUAUUGUACGCAGCGCGACGACGAGGAGUGCGUCGGGUGUACGAUAAGACGCGCGAGUGGCUUCGCGACGGAUCGCUGGAUUCAGACGACGUUGUGGGGCGGCGGCGACGGAAUGCAUUUGGCCGUCGACGAGGCGGUGUGUCGCCUGACGCCGACGACGAACACGAGUCUCGCCGAGGUGUACGCGAUUCCGCAGACCGCGCACGGCUCCGGAUUGUUCAUCGGCGGCACCUAUCACGAGAAGAAGCGGCGCGGAUUGUAUCGCUCCGACGUCGAGCACAACUUCUUCGAGAACACCCGUGAAAAAGCGCCGGUUCUACGGGGAUGUGUGAAGGACGUGUUCGUUCGCGGAAUCAAGCAAGACCUCAAUGUGAUGUUCGCGCGCCAGAAGAAGCUGAUGCUCACUGAUGUCGAUGAUGCCGACGCGUUUGCGAUUCAACCGUUCUGCCCGAUUUGUCAGCCGUCGUGUGAGGCCGGCACGCGUUGUCGCGCCUACACGGCGCGUCUCACCUCGCCGAUGGUGUGCGAUUGCUCCGACGCGCUUCGCUACAACACGAGCGUCGCGUUCUGCGAGCGGAAGCGCGACGCGACACCGUUGGUGUUGUCGACGGCGUUCGUGCGCGACACCCAACUCGUGUUGGACACGCCCAACACGAAGGCGCUUCUCGGCAAAGUGUGGAUGAAGUUCACGGUGCCGAAGCGCGUCACUCGGCCGCACGUAGUCGCCGAAUUCAAUUCGCAUCGCGACAAGUUGUUCACGUUGACGCUCGACGCGAAAGCGAUUCUUCACGUGCACGUUCACGGGCACGAGACGUCGAGCCAUCAGCUCGAUGUCGCCGACAAUCGUGUGCAUCUCAUGCGGCUCACUCGACGAACGCCGAUCGGCACACGGCACAACGCGAGGAAAUAUGAUUUGCAGAUUGACGGCUGGCGAACGGUGGUGUCGGACGUCGGCCGAAUGGCGCUCAACAACGUGUCGGUGUCGGCGAUCGACACGCCCGACGAGUCGUCGAGCUUCAUCAUCCACGACUUCGGCCUCUCCUACGAGUACGACGAGCAUUUCGCCGUCAAUCAUCCGACGAACGUCAUUCACCAAAUCGAUUUGCACUCGCAAUUGUUGCCCUAUCAGUUCCGCGAUCCGGAUUUGACGCGCACCGGAAUUCUGGACGACUCGCUGUGGGCGACGCCGGUGUCGGCGGGCGUCGUCGCGUCGCCGCACGGCGAGAUCGUCGACUACACGACCGACGUGAUCGAGCCGGAGCAACUAUUGUCGUCUCGUUGGCUGAUCUACUCGAUGUUCCUCUCGAUCCUCUUGUGCCUAUUGAUCCUCGUGUUCAUCAUUUGCUAUUGCUGCGUGAUUCGACGACGAUCGUUGCGGCAUUCCGGCUCGCAACGUACCAUCAUGCGCGAUAGUCCCGAUUACGGACCCGUCAAAUUGCGCAACGGCGAUCUCGGCGAUUUGUCCGACGAGGACGCGUCGAUCGGCACCGACGACACCGAUCUGCAGGCGUAUCGCGACAUUCCGUCGCAUCGCGUCAAAAUCUAUCGAGAAUCGAUGGUUUCGAUUCUUGUGCCGUCGAUCGAUCAACCCGCCGAGGCGGCAAUUGUCAAACGGCCUUCGAUAGGCUCACAGAAGCAUUCCGACGCACCGCUGGUUGCCGUGAAUGACGACUAG